UGUAAAUGUCAAAAAUUUUCAAUCAAUCGGCUUUUGUUUUGGUGUAUCCUUCGGCAACCGGAAAAACAGCGCAAAAGAAUUGUGAAAAUAGCAGGUUAAAACUUGGAAAUAAUGGUUCGUCCAGGCUUAAUGCGUGGUGGUUGCCGCGGUGGAAUGGGAAUGGGCAUGCGAGGCCGUGGAGCCCCGUACAUGAACAAGAAAACCUUUCUUCCCCGCCAUCCGUUCGAUCUUACCUUGGCGGAAAUGGCUUUCCCCCGUGUACAUCCGGCUCCGGACGAUUCCGCACUCACCAAUGCCCUGUUAAAACGCAGCCAAGAUCUCACUCCGACCGCAGCGGAACAAACCGCAAUCUCGAAUCUCGUCGCCAAGGUGCAGGGCGUGCUGGAUAACAUCGUGAUCGCACCGGGAGACUUUAACAAGUGCCAGCUGGAAGAGGUACGCCAGGUAGGAUCGUACAAGAAGGGCACGAUGAUGGCAGGCAACAACGUAGCCGAUAUUGUUAUCAUCCUGAAGUCACUCCCGACGAAAGACUGUGCCGAAGCGCUCGGCAAAAAGGUGGAAGAAGAUUUGGAAAAGUCAAUGAAAACGGAAGUCGUCCCCAAGGCGGAAGCCCUUUCGCUAACGUACAGUGAGAAAGGGUUCGAAAUAUCGAACUCUCUAGCGAAGGUACGCUGCCUGAUUGCAACGUUGCCGCAAAACAUGCGCAAGCUCGAGACGGAGAAGCAUCUGGAUUUCAAAAUCAUCCAAAGUCAUCUGGCCGCCAUUCGGCACACGCGCUGGUUCGAAGAAAAUGCACACCAUUCAACCAUAAAGGUGCUGAUACGCAUACUCAAGGAUCUCGCCCGUCGCUUCGACGGCUUCAAGCCGUUAAAUCCGUGGAUUUGCGAUCUGCUCGCCCAUUCCGUCAUCAUGAACAACCCGAGUCGUCAGGCCCUGCCCGUGAACGUUGCUUUCCGGCGCGUAUUUCAACUGCUGGCUUCCGGGCUGUUUGUGCCUGGAUCGGCGGGCAUUACGGAUCCGUGCGAGGUGGGCCACUUCCGGGUGCACACAUCGAUGACACUGGUCCAGCAAGAUGAAUGCUGCAUGACGGCACAAACACUGGUGCGCGUGUUGGCCCACGGUGGGUACAAGCAUAUUCUUGGCUUUGUAGAGAACACUACCGUAGCGAAGGAAAUGUCCGUCUGGGACGGUGUCGUAGUUUCCCCGCUGGAACCAGCCUACGAGAAGCCAUCGGAAAAGAAGGACGGCGAAGAGGACGAUAUGGAGUGCGUUGAGGGAGAAACCAUAAACGAAGAGCAGACGGAGUAAGUCGCUAGCUUCCCGAAUCGUGGUCGAUACAACAUUUAGCAUUUAGAGGGAACGCUUGGGACUUUAAUGAUAGUAUAGAAUAGAAGUUACAUUAACUCAUCACGAUGUAAUUCAACGAAAUGCACUGACUCUACUGUACGUAUGCUAUCUACUCCCUGUGCGGGAUUUAAUAAGUAUAUAUCGAAAUAAACAACUACUAGAAUUUACUUUCCUUUGAGCAACUACCAAACAA